AUGCCUACUCUUCGAACUAUUUGGAGUUUCUUGAAGGAAUAUAAUGUUCUUGAUUGGAUGCUUAUCAUUGGUAUAAAUGUUGCAGGAUUUAUCGCAUUAGGAAUUAAAUUUGACAAAGAUUUCAACGAAUUUUUAGAUAUUGAUAUUGAUCAAGAACGAAAAACAGCAACAAUUCCAUACAUCAUCAUUUUGGUCGUUGAAUAUGGUGCUGUUCCUAUUUUAAUGCUCUUAAUCAUCAUUUUUGUCUCGCAAACAAUAUCAAUUCGAAAAACCUUAACAGCUUAUUACUUCGCAAUUGGCUUAAAUUUACUUAUAUCGAAUUCCCUUGCAAGAUUUAUCGGUAGACCACGUCCAGAUACGAUAGCAAUCUGUGGUGGUGAUGGAUCCUUCCAAAGAUGCUAUAAUGUAUUGUCAGCAACAGAACUUCGAACACAGUUUACCUCAUUCCCUUCUGUUCACACUUCAGAAGCCAUGACUUCCUUAUUAUUCUUAAGUUUCUUUUUCUCAGAUCUUUGGUCACAAUUCCAUAUGGGAAUUUUGGUUCUUCGCUUAUUCCCAGUUUGUUUGGCGUUUCUUGUGGGUGCAACAAGAAUUUGGGAUAGAAAUUCUCAUGUAGACGAUGUUCUAGCCGGAUUAUUCAUCGGUGGUGUUCUUUGUACAACUGUGUACACCGUUUACAGGAAAGGUCAACGUGCAAAAUACAAUAUUAAUUAA